AUGGGUUCUUCAGGGUGCCCGGAGAUAGUCGAGCUGGUGGAUGAGACCAAAGACGCCCGUCCGGGCGGGGUCACCCACCUGAGGGUGAGGGUGAAGCCGGUGGGGCAGGAGCAUGGGGGCCGGUCGUGCUCGGUCGAGGAUGACCUCGACCGGCUCCUCAGAUCCUUCAAUGUGCGCACCUCGGCGCGGGCUUCUGGGCAGACGAGCACGGACAAGAGGCUUAUUGCGCUUGGGAAGGCGCCCAUGUCGAGCUCGGAGAUCGUGGAGUCUGUGAGCUUGAAGCAGGCCCUCAGGAAGAUGUGCAUCUCCCAGGCCUCGGAGAUGGCCGCCAUGAAGAGGAUGUCCAAGCCCGCGGCUGUGUCGAGUACUCCUGAAUCUGGGGCGAUUAAGAAGCUUUAUGCCUCUGUUGUGGUUCCAACAGACGAGGACCAAGAUGGGAAGAACAAGGUUGAGAAGGCCGUUGCUUUGCCUGACAAGGUUGUAGUAAGUUCAUCGGUUAAGUUGGUUGAAUCAGGCAAGAAGGUGCACAGUAAGGCUUCAGCUCACAAGCAUGUGCGAUCAGCGUCUCCAACCAAGGCCAAGGUCCAAAAAACCAGAAUCCAAGAUGUCAUCAGUAAUAAGUCACUGGAGGCAAGCGAAGAUCCGACUGCAGGAAGAGCUGUGGCAAAACAGAGAAAGGGUAAAUCUCCAAAAGCAUCUAGUCCGCGAGCUGUUCCAGUUGGAGGCUCACGGCUGGUGUUUCGCAGCAAGUCCUCCACUAAAAAGAAGGUUAAACCGGAACCAGCUGCAGCGGUGGCAUCACAGAAGCAUUGUGAGCCAAAAGGUUCCGGUUCUCAUACUAAGAAGCAACACGAGGCCCCUCAGGAUGAACCCAAAACUCCAGCACCAACCAGCAAGAAGGGUGCUGAUGAUGGCGCUCUCGGCGCCGAAGGAGUUGAUUUUGGCAAAGGAUGCUAUGUCAGUGGGAUCCCUGGUUCACAGCCUGGUGAGUUGUCAAGGUCGAAGGAAAAGGGUGAAAGCUCCCAAAGCUCAAAGAGCAGCAUCGGUGACUACAGCACAAGCACCAGCAUCAGUGAAGAUAGUUAUGGUAGUUUCAGUGCUAAUGGCAGCAGGCCUCACAUGUCAAAAGAUGUGAGAUGGGAAGCCAUGAAGCGUAUAGCGAUCCAACAAGGGACCCUGGGAUUGAAGAACUUCAAGCUUCUCAAACAGCUUGGAUGUGGAGAUAUUGGCACUGUGUAUCUGGCUGAGUUGGUUGGUUCGGACUGCAUGUUUGCACUGAAGGUUAUGGACAUUGAGUACCUAAUAAGCCGGAAGAAGAUGCUGAGGGCUCAAACUGAGAGGGAGAUACUGCAAAUGCUUGACCACCCGUUUCUUCCCACCCUGUAUUCUUAUUUCACGACAGAUAAUCUGUCUUGCCUAGUGAUGGAGUAUUGUCCAGGCGGUGACCUGCAUGUCCUAAGGCAGAAGCAACCUACUAGAUGCUUUUCAGAAGCCGCUGCUAGGUUUUACGUCGCUGAAGUUCUCCUAGCAUUGGAGUAUCUGCAUAUGUUGGGGGUUAUAUAUCGUGAUCUGAAGCCUGAGAACAUACUUGUUCGUGAAGAUGGGCACAUCAUGCUCUCCGACUUUGAUCUGUCCCUGAGGUGUUCAGUUAAUCCCGUGCUUGUGAGGUGCUCAUCAGUAGGAAGAGAUGAACCUCCUAGGCCUUCCGGACCUUGUGCUGAAAGCUGCAUCGAUCCACUGUGUAUCCAGCCAUCCUGGGCCAACUCUUCUUGCUUCACACCUCGGCUGGUAUCUUCUACACCUUCCAGGACACGGAGGGCUGAGCCCCUGAAGAAACCAUCACUUCCGCAGCUUGUCGUCGAGCCCACUGACGCGAGGUCAAAUUCAUUUGUGGGGACCCAUGAGUACCUUGCCCCGGAGAUCAUCAGAGGAGAUGGCCAUGAUCAAGCGGCACCCCUUCUUCCAAGGCCUGAACUGGGCCUUGAUCCGUUGGACUGCACCGCCCGAGACCCCGAAAAGCGUCGACGCCUCGACCCUUACGGCAGCGGUGGCACGGAAGAAGAAGGAAGGCAAGUGCCUUGA